AUGAUCGCACUGCUUGGCCCACCACCCAAAGAAUUGCUUACAAAAGCAGAUGCUAUGGCAGAGCACAGGUGGCCUGAUUCUAUUCAAAAUGAGAGAGGCAAAGUUUGCUGCAAUUUGCGCGACUUUUUUGAUGGGCCCUUUUUCAAUGAAAAAGGCGAAUUUCUGCAUGAAAACCUGAUACCGGCCCGAAAACUUGAGGAUACAAUCCCAUCUUUAGAGGAGGAGGAGAGACAAGCCUUCUUAUCCUUUGUCAGGAAUAUGCUUACAUGGCGUCCAGAGGAGAGAAAGACGGCCCGUGAAUUGAUGGACCACCAGUUCCUCAAAUUUGGAAAUCGUUAG